GGGAGGGAGGGACGCAGAAAGAGUCGGUGCAUGAGAGAGGAGACAUAUUCAGUCCAGUUGUGUGUGUGUGUGUGCGCAUGUGUGUGUGUGUUGGAGGAUCGUCAACAUGCGUGCGUGCACACACCUGCACGUUAUUCUCUCCAGCGGCUUAUAAUUGACUCAGCGCUCGACACACUGCACUGACAUAAGGCUCAUUGGAGAUAGAGGAAUGCAAAUCUGCAACCAUGAUGGAAGGAUUGAAAAAACGUACCAGGAAGGCCUUCGGGAUACGGAAGAAAGAGAAGGACAAUGACUCCACGGGAUCCCCAGACAGAGAAGGGGGUUCUCAGAAGAAAACCAACGGGUCCGAGAACGGCUAUCUCGGAGACAUCGACUGGGACCGAUAUAACUCUCCGGAGGUGGACGAUGAAGGCUACAGCUUGCGACCCGAGGAGGAGUCAGAAGAGGGAACGACCGUAAAGAAGCCACACUUCUUCUCCUCCGACGAGUCGGAAGGAGAGGAAGACCACAGGAAAAAAUUCAAAAUCAAGAUCAAGCCGCUGCGGGCCGUGCAAGUCACCACGGCGCCCUCGGUGGACGAGCUGAAAGCCUCCAUAGGAAACAUAGCUCUGUCCCCGACUCCUCUGAGACGUAGCCCGGGUUUGAAAAGAAACCCGUCCAGCGAGGAGAUUGCCAGGCCGAGACGGGUCGUCCCAACUCUUCCCACUCUUCCCACUCUCCCCACUCUUCCCACUGUGGCCCCCACACCAGCUCCAGCACCAGCUCCAGCACCAGCUCAAGCACCACAACCCCCCAGCGGUCCACAAACACCAGUCUCUGAAGACACCACAGAUUUAUUCGGGCCUCCUUUGGAUACAACUUUCGGAGAACAGAAAACUGAAGUGGUACUGUCUGAGUCCGAUGCGUGGGGUGCCCCCCUGUCAGAGCCAGAAUCCCCUCUGACAAGGUCCUUCCCAACAGGAACACCUCCUCCACUUCCACCCAAGAAUGUCCCGACCUCUCCUGUGACGGCCGACCCCCCCUCUGCAGAGGACGCUGAAGCCUCCACAGAAGCUGGCGAUAAGAAGCCCCUGACUGCAGACUUGGACAACCUGUUUGGACCUGAGCAGGCGCCCCCUGCUGGCGAGGACACAGGCGACACGUGGGUCUGCUUCAGUGAAGAAUCUUCGAAACAGACGCCUCAACCAAAGGACCCCACCCCCCCGCUCCGUGCCUCCCCGCCUCCUCCAGAGGAACCAGCACCUCCCUUACCUGCAUCACCACCUCCUCCAGACGACCCUGCACCUCCUCUCCCGACCUCGCCUCCUCCCAAACACGACCCUGCCCCCCCUCUCCCGACAUCCCCUCCUCCCUCACAGGAACCCGCCGCUCCUCCUGUCCCUUCGGGUCCUUCCACGCCCGAAGACCCGAAUCCUCUAGCAGCAGCCACCUCGCCCCCCCACACACCACCAAAGGAGCUCGCUUCCCCCCCUGCUUUGUCUCCCCCUCCGCUCGCCUCACCUCCGAGUGUCCCACCGGCUAAGGCAAGCACCCCCCCAGCAGGGACCCCCCCCUCUGAGGAACCUGCGACGCGCUCAGUCCCGCCCCCCCUCGCCCUGGCUCACACGGAGCCGCCCAGGAACACGGUCACCACCCCACCCAAAGAAGACGCCGGUGAAACGGUCAGCUCGCCCAAAGAUGCCAGCAAGGGGAGCCGGACCACCCCUCCCCCCCCGCCUCCACCCACGUACAGGGCGGUGGUGUCGUCGCCCGGUCCCACAGCCGGAGCCGGAGGCACGAACAGCGGCUCCUCCUCUCCAGUGCGACCUGCGACUCCUUCGGCGGUUGACCCCACCCCACCGCCACCUCCACCUCGCCCCCCCUCGAGGCCCAAACUUCCUCCUGGGAAACCCACUGUAGGAGAUGCGAAUCGUCCGUUCAGCCCGCCGGUCCACUCGGCCAGCCCGCCUCCCAUCGCCCCGUUGGCGCGGGCGGAGAGCACCUCCUCCAUCUCCUCCACCAACUCGCUGAGCGCCGCCACCACCCCCACCGUGGGCAAAGAGCUGUCCGUGUCUGUGACAGAGAAUGACCAGCCAUCCCUUGUCUGGUUUGACAGAGGGAAGUUUUAUUUAACCUUUGAAGGCUGCUCCAGGGGGCCCAGUCCUCUCACCAUGGGGGCUCAGGACACUCUUCCCGUGGCCGCUGCGUUCACAGAGACGGUCAAUGCCUUCUUCAAAGGAGCCGACCCCAGCAAGUGUGUCGUGAAGAUCAUAGGUGAGAUGGUUUUGUCGUUUCCGGCGGGAAUUACGCGGCACUUUGCCAAUAACCCGUCCCCCGCCGUGCUAACCUUCAGCAUAACCAACUACAGCCGACUGGAGCAUGUGCUGCCUAACCCCCAGCUCCUCUGCUGUGACACCACCACACAAGCCAAGGCCGAUGCCAAGGACUUCUGGGUGAAUAUGCCAAACCUGAUAUCCCACUUAAAGAAGGUGUCGGAGCAGAAGCCACAGGCGACGUACUACAACGUCGACAUGCUCAAGUAUCAGGUGUCUUCGCAGGGCCACCAGUCCACUCCUCUGAACCUGGCGGUGAGCUGGCGGUGUGAGCCCACCAGCACCGACCUGAGAAUAGACUACAAGUACAACGGCGACGCCAUGACGACGCCGAUGGGGCUCAACAACGUCCAGUUCCUCGUCCCGGUCGACGGAGGCGUUUCCAAACUACAGGCUGUCUUACCUCCUGCUGCAUGGAACGCAGAGCAGCAAAGAAUCCACUGGAAGAUUCCAGACAUCUCACAGAAAUCUGACAACGGAGGUGUGGGCUCGCUGUUGGCGCGCUUCCAGCUCACGGAGGGUCCCAGUAAACCGGCUCCACUGGCCGUGCAGUUCACCAGUGAGGGCAGCACGCUGUCGGGCUGUGACAUUGAACUGGCUGGGCCCGGCUACCGCUUCUCUCUCGUCAAGAAGAGGUUUGCCGCAGGAAAAUACCUGGCCGACAACUAACCUAUGCUACUGAGAACAACACUGUUGAACUUAACGACGGCAGUGGACUGAGGACGACACAGAGGACAGACCGACACCAGGCAGACUCUCCACGGACCUUUUCUGAACCCACGCGACAGAUCUGCAGAUCCUACCCAGCAGUAUUGUAUAACUCGCAUAUAACAUUGUGGAAACUGUUUUAGGUCAUGUAAUUAUUGUAUUUGUACCCAUUCAACAUCUGUAUUGCUGCAGUUUGACACCUGGGUUCUCCCGCUCCUCUGAAGUCUGUCCCCUUGUCUCCAUCCUCCUCCGGUCAAUGUUUGGUGGUGUUUUUAAAAGUUUCACUGCAGCUGCCUGACCUGAGUUUUGGUCAUACUGCACCUCUGGGUGACGUUUGCUGUCCCCAGUCCUGAACAUUCAUGCAGUGAAAGAUAUGAUUGAGUAGGAUCUUUGUAGUCAGACACACACACACACACACCUCCAGCUCUGGCACAUCCAAGGUCAGACCCAGUUGAGCUGAAGCAGGGCCUAUAGGACAAUACUUAGUAAGUCAUACGCCUUCAUUAGCUCAUAAGAAAAUCACAGCUCUCUGAAUAAUCCUUGUGUUGGGUCCGGGCGUGAAGCCAGAGGCGUCUGUUCCCUGUGUCGCACACGGACGGCAGCCAUUUGUGAGGCUCUUGCCAGCAAUUUAAAAUGCAUUUACCGAUGCAGUUCGACACACGUUGUCGCAGAGAGUGAAACGGAGGACGUGUGUGUGUGUGAGCGAUCAGAUGAAACGCAACAUUGAGUUACUACAAGACGAUUUUCAUGCAUCGCCUACUGGUACUACAGGGUCACAUGUCUUUGCAUCACUUCCUUUUUUCAAUAUAAUUGCACUGAUCAGUCAAACUGGUAUUUUAUUUUUCUGAAACAUACACACACACGGAGAGGUUUUAGCAAGUUAGGCAGCUGCAAUGAUAAAUCAAUGUACUCGUUGCUGAAUAAGAAAAAUGUUUUCUUUUUUCCCGUCAGAACAAAAGAAAUGUAUAAAGUGUCAUUUUAAACCAAUAAUAUAUAUAUCUUAAAGGGCGUUUGGUGUUUUCCUCGUAUUGUCAGGUAGCCUUUCUGUUGUUCCCAGGACGGCAGUGUUAGACUCCAGAGUACACGACAGCAUUCUAUUUUUAUUUAUUGAUGACGGCGACUCGUUGUAUAAAAACAUGUGAUUCUGUAUAUGAAUAGAAUUUGAAUGGUACCACACAACUCAGAACCCUUAAAGGUAUAAAUAUUUGAACUCUCUUUCUUUUCUUUUGUUAUCUGUGUAGUUGGGUAACCCGUGUACAGUAUAAGGUAUCAUUUUUGGAAUUUAUUUCAGAUAUAAUUUUUUAACUCACGUGCAAGAGAAGAUUCAAGCUAUAUAUGGGUGUGGGGGUAAUUUAAAGAAAACAAAAAUAAAUAUCUUCCUGGAUGCUGUGUUAUGCUUUGUGAAAGCAGUGUUAAUGUAGAGUUAGCUGGACCAUGGGCGAGUUCCACACUGUAAAGAACCAGUUUAGCAUUUUGGGGAAAUAUUCACUUAUCAUGUGGUUUCUGAGUGAUAAACGAGAAGAUCAACACCUUUCUUAUGUCUUUACGUCAGCUGAAGAUAGGACGUGUUGUGCUGAGAUUAUCAUUAAAACAGGAAAUGAGAGAAAUCUGAGGUGACUGUAUUAAGCGUUCUUUUUCUGGCCGAUUUAGCCUCAAUUUCCGGGCGUCGUCUGCACCAGUAGAUUUUGAACCAUGAUAACGUAAUGCUAUUGUUAACUUUAGCUUCAUAUGUGAGAUCGAUGCCCUUUUUCACAUCUGAUUCUCAACAGGAAAGCCAACAAACAUGUUUCCCACAAUUCUGAACUGUUCCCGUAAAUAACAACAAGACAAUAAAUGAGGGGAUGUUUUUUUUAAUUGGGACCAGUUUCCUUUUUUUCCCUUUUAAAUCAAAACCUCAUAGUGAUAAAAAACAAACGUCAUCAGUUCCCUCAUCCACCGACCUUGUUUAGAUUCGACCGCGUGUCGUCGGUGAGGCUUCUCUCCUGUUUCCCGUUCACCUCAGUGGCUCCUGAACUUAUUCUAUCACGAGCAGAUCCCCCCCAGCCAUCCCAGCAGCGCUCAAACCCAUGGCUUUAUUUUGCAUAAUUGUACUGGUCUCUGUGAGAUGACAUGAGCUGAAUGAGGUUGUGGAGUGGAGUCGACCAAAAUGCUUUUUUUGUUUUGUUUUUUCUUUUGUAUUUUAUGUCAGUCGCUCCUCUGUACAGGACGAUAAGCUGAAUAUUUUUAAAACGGAUAAAAAAUGAAAAAAUAUUAUAUUGUUUAAUGUGAUUAAAAACACUGUGCUGAUGAUGUUGAACUUCCUGAAUGCUCUGACACUCAACGUGAAGAACAAAGUGUGUGUGAAGUGUAGCUGAACCUCUCUGUACUACUUGUCGGUAUUUCGCUAAAUGUGACCAAUCACAGUCUGACGCUCCCUGGAUCGGAUGUCGUUUUUAACCUGUGGUCCUUUUACCAUCAAUAUAAAUCUGACCUGGGCCAUGCAAUUAAAAUGGAAAUCUCGUUCUCAACCAGAUGUUAAAUUUUUGGUUUGCAGACCCAGAGCGAGGAACAGUUUUUAAACCGUGAGACGAUGCUGAUUGGUGCCAUUUAGCUUCUGGUAAGUCAUUAGUCUGGUCACACUUUUUUUCAGGCAUGUCUGUCUUGGAGGAAUCCUCGUGCCUGAAAGAAAGUCGUGACCUGGGUGAAUCUUGAAACAGUGCAACAGUCACUACAGCAUUAUCUACACAGGCUCACCAUUCACAUUACCCAUCAUGCAUCUGUUUAAAUUAGCACCACAGCUUACAGGUCUUUCACUUUGAAAGGCAGAACAGAACUCUCAGUCUGCUGGCGGUUAGUCUUAGUAUCUUCUAAUAAAACAGGAUCAAAACUUCUUUUCUUCCCAGAUCUUCAUCUCCGUGGUGACUUUGUCCUGCAGUAAUUCAUUAUUGCAUGCAGAGCAUGCCGUAAAAUGUGGGGCAUCUAUGAUGAUAGGUAGUACUGAAAUGACGUGUUGUGCUGAGUGUCAGUUACCUGUGUUAGUGUUGAGAAGAGAGCAGGGAGUGUGUCUUUGUGUGCUAUACGCCAGAAUGCUUUUUGGUUCUGUACCGUUAACCUCAAACACGUGUGCAAGCUGUUUGUACAGUACAUAACAACGCUAAGAUCAACUGAGAAACUUAGUUUGCUUCUUUCCAAAACCAAUAAAAGUUAUAAAUGGA